AUGCCUCUCGUAGAACCACCUGUGUCCGACGCCCCUCCCACCAUCAACGGUGUCCAGCUACACGUCAACGAUGACCCCCUCUCCGCCAACGAAAGCCUCAUCCCCCCUGAAGACGUCCUCUCCGUACGCAAAUCCUACUUCAAAUCCCUCGCGCCAUUGGGCGCCAGCUCUAAGGACGGCGCGGCCCAGGGCUGCGGCAACCACCUGUUCCUCCGCAACUUCGUCGCCGAGGCCACCGGCUGGGGCGACGAAGCCACCCUGAAGGUGAAGUGUAAGCCCCUCCGAAACAACACAACGGACAACAAUGCCAUUGGCGUGCACUACGACCAGUCCUUCAGGCGGUAUGGCGAGCCGACGUCCAUGACGUUAAUCCGCGACCCGCUUAAGGCUUCCGACGAAUAG